AUGAAGUGGCCCGCUCACAAGGAUCACGCAGAAACUCGUGGAACAAGUGGUUGGAAAGUACAGCAUGUCGAGAGAUUUUGUAUCGACAAGUCCAACAAUACGGAGUUCUCUGAGGCCAUCAAUUCCAUGUUUCAAUGGUACAAAAAUGCAACACGAUGUUACGUGUAUCUGUCGGAUGUCUUGAAAAGUGAUACUGAGAAUGUCAAAGACCCACUACGAGCAUCAUGGAAAAAGAAGUUUCGCGAGAGUAGGUGGUUUACCCGGGGCUGGACCCUUCAAGAACUUAUCGCACCAUCAUGUGUUGAGUUCUUUGCACAGAACGGCCAGCGACUCGGUGACAAGACAUCAUUAGAACAGCUAAUCCACGAGAUCACUGGGGUUUCCAUCAAUGCUUUGCGAGGAAGUUCACUGUCCAACUUCAGCAUUGAUGAGCGUAUGUCAUGGUCGAAUGGCCGCAAGACCAAGAAAGCAGAAGAUAAAGCCUACUCGCUUUGGGGGAUCUUCAACGUUCACAUGCCCCUUAUAUACGGCGAAGGGGAAGAGAAAGCGUUUAACCGCCUACGAAUUGAGAUCGACCAACAAUCAGCCAUAAGUAGGGCAAUAUCAGAACAGGUAUCAUUGCUCAGCAGAAUCCCUAUAGCUAUGGGUGCGUCCUUUGAUUCCCAUGCUGAGGAAUACAAUCCGACCUGUCUCCCCGGCACACGUAUGGGAGCCCUCCACGAGAUAACGAAAUGGGCAGAGGAUCCUAAUGCUAAAGCUAUGUUCUGGUUAAAUGGGAUGGCUGGUACAGGCAAGUCAACAAUAUCGCGUACCUUGGCGCGUUCCUUCUCAAAGCGUGCUCAGCUUGGCGCUAGCUUCUUCUUUAAGAGGGGAGAGGGGGAUCGAGGAGGGGUAUCAAAAUUCUUUGCCACGAUCACGGCUCAGUUAGUUCAACGAGAACCAGCACUUACACGACAUGUCAAAGAUGUCAUUGAUAGAGAUCCUACUAUUUUUGGCAAGGCUUUACAGGAACAGUUCAACAAUUUGAUUUUGGAGCCUCUGUCAAAAACGCACUCAUGUCGCGAGAACAAUGGUGCAGUUGUCAUCGUUAUCGAUGCCUUAGACGAGUGCGACGGGGAUGAAGAUACUAAGAAGAUUAUCCAACUAUUCUCCAAUGCCAAUUCCGGGAAGCCUCUCCUCUUGCGGACUUUUUUGACCAGUCGGCCAGACUUACCUAUUCGUCUAGGUUUCGCCAGUGUUCAAGACACAUAUCAAGAUUUACUUCUUCACGAAAUAGACGAAUGCCUUAUUAAGGACGAUAUACAUGUCUACUUUGAGCACGAACUCGGGAAGAUCAAAGCAGAGUACAACACAUCCGUGCCCAACCACCGCAGAUUGCCAUCAUCUUGGGGUACACACUCGCAAAUCCAAAUCCUUGCGGAAAUGGCUACUCCUCUUUUCAUAUCCGCUUCUACUGCAUGCCGGUUUAUCGCCGAGCAAAAUCGAAAAUCAAAGCUUGACGAUAUGUAUUUGCUAGUCUUGGAACAAUUACUCUCUGGUAUGUCUAACGACGAGGAAGAAAAGACUUUUGAUCUGUUCCGACGUGUCGUCGGCUCCAUCGUCCUUCUAGAGCAACCCCUUCCUACAGUUGCCUUAGCAAACUUACUCGAUAUCUCAGAGGACACAAUUGAUACCCUACUCGACUCCCUUCACUCAGUUCUGAACAUCCCUCCGUCACCGCAGUCCCCGGUGCGGUUGUUACACCUGUCAUUUCGAGAGUUCCUUAUUGACCCGUUAAAUCGCAACAAGCACCGCUUCUGGGUAGACAAGAGCACGACUCACAGAUACUUACUCAAAUGUUAUUUACAUAUCAUGAACAAAACAUUCAAUCUAGGGAAUUUGAACGUACGUUCGCUACGAUAUCCUCUUAAGGCGUAUGAUCCUCUGGAAAGACCUGAUACACCAACACUAGAAGUACAGUAUGUAUGGCCUCACUGGGUUUACCACGCUCAGGAAUUGGGAGAUAGAACUGUCCUCGACGACGAAGAUUAUCACUUCCUAGAGGACCUCUUUGGCCAUUGGGGAUGGCAAAUAGUAAAAUUCUAUCGAGCUCUAGGUCACAAUAUCCAACUUCUGACUCGAGGGACUUAG